AUGUCUAACUCAACUCUUGUUUCUUUUGCCUCGCUCCGGACUCUACUCGAUACGGUCGUCCAGUCAGGUGGAGAAGGUCCUAGCCCGGAUAUUCUAGCUCUCGCUAAAGCCCACUCGCUUGAGCUUGGGCUGGGUGCUUUCACGAUAUUUGUUACUCGUUACAUGUAUCAACUUCUCAAACGAGCCAAUGCACUCAAGGAACUAGAUGGACCUAGCCCAAUUUCGUCAAUAUGGGGCGACGAGAAUCUACUGUCCGAUUUCGAGAAUGGCUUGUCAGCUCACAACGAGCUACUUAACCGAUACGGCUCUGCCUGCAGGAUUAAGGGCCCUCUCGGAGAGGAUCGACUGUGGACCGCGGAUCCACGAGCGAUAAACGACAUUAUUCUUAAAGGAUUCGACCACUUUCACGAGCCUGAAGGGCUCCUUGCAGAAUUGCACAGGUGGUUCGACCUUUCUUUUGGACCUACCAUAAUCUCACAGAUCGGCCACAAACACAAAAUCCAGCGCAAGAUUCUCAACCCAGUAUUCACUGCUGCACAUAUGCGUAAAUACCCCGAUUUUCCAUUCCAUAACCCACUAUAUGCUGUGACCUCCAAAGUACGAGCUGGUGGAGGCAAGACUGGGAUAGUCGAUAUAUAUACAUGGAUGAGCAAUGUUGCGCUCGAAAUGAUUGGCCAAGCUGGAAUCGGACACUCAUUCGGAGUCAUGGAAGGCAAAGAGCCUGAAUACAUCGAUGCUUCGCGCCAGUUAUUCAUUCUUAUAAGCCGCAUGUGGUACAUACGACCAUUUUUGCCUGUUCUCAUGAAAAUUGGAACCGCUCGUUUCCGACGAUUUGUCGUAGAACAUAUUCCUCAUGGUCCAGCAAAUGAGAUGCAGAAAGUUGUAGAGAUCAUGGAUAAGAUGGCAACCGAUAUCUAUGCUCAAAAGAAGGAAGCGCUUGCUAAUGGAACACUUGACUCGGAGAUUGCGGCCGGAAACGAUAUUAUUUCGAUGCUUUUGAAACAGAAUGAAGUAGUCCCCCCCAAGGAUCAAAUGUCCGAGGAGGAAAUUUUAGCUCAAGUCAAUGGUCUAAUCUUUGCCGGACAUGAUACGACCAGCGGUGGACUAACGAGAACUCUUCACCUCCUGGCCCAGCAUCCGGAAGUCCAAGACCAGCUUCGCGCCGAAAUUAGGGAGGCACACGGGCUGCAUAGCAAAGAACUCGAUUACGACCAGCUCAACUCACUCACUUAUCUCGAUGCCGUCUGUCGCGAAUCUUUGCGCCUUUGGUCUCCCGCUCAAACUCUCGAGCGUGUUGCAAUGAAAGACUGGAACCUGCCUCUGCACUAUCCGGUAAAGUCAAAGGACGGCAAGAAGAUGGUUACGAGCCUAAACAUACCGGAGGGAACUCAUAUCUACAUCUCACUCGGUUCGGUAAAUCGGGACAAGCAAACUUGGGGCGAUGACGCAGACAAGUUCAAUCCUGCUCGGUGGCUCAGUCCUCCGCCAGCGAGUGUGACGGAAUCCAGAAUUCCGGGAGUGUACUCCAACAUGAUGACAUUUUCGGGAGGCCCGCGCUCUUGCCUUGGAUUCAAGUUUUCGCAGCUUGAGAUGAAGGUCGUGCUUUCGGCUUUGGUCGCAUCUUUCAAAUUCGAACUCGGCCCGGAAGAACAUAUGUGGGGGGCAGCUGGUGUUGUGAAGCCCCAUGUGCGGCACCAGGAUGGGACGAUCGAUCCAGCCCCGUCCUUGCGUAUGAAAGUCACACUCGUAGACGAAUAA